UAUAUUUAAGCCAAAAAUAAUUUUAUGUUCUGAUUUCUUCUCUUUGGUCUUUGAUUCAAGCACAAGCAUUGCGAUCAGUCUUCUACAUCUACAACAUGCCUGUGAGAGUAGCAUUGGAAAACAUCACAACCCCUUCUCACGUUUCAGGUGCAAAUUCAAGGCGUAAUUCAUUCCAAUCUUGUACUCUUCUAACUGUUGGUCAGGCCUUUUCGGGGACGCAGAAUGUUUCAAGCUUACAAAAGGAUGAAGCAUGGAGGGUAAAUGUCCGUAUACAAGGAUGUGACCUUGAGCAUGGAUAUCUAUGUGGCACCAUGGAAGCUCUUAAUGUUCCUAUGGCAGACACGCCAGUAGUAACAUUCUGGGAAGGGGAGAUUGUCGAUACCAAGAAUUAUACUUUCUUCACCGGCAAAUGGGAGGCAGCACCAGAGGAUGAUAUAAGGCACUGGACUAAGUUUCAAUCUUUUGGUCCCCUAUUGAGCCAAGUAGAGGUAGAUGGUGGCAAGUCUGUGGACCUAAGCAACUAUCCUUACAUAUUCAUGAGAUGGAAGGAGCAGUAUUUCGUGAAUGUCGGAACUGACUGUGGGUUAACAAUAGCUGGAUUUUACUACGUUUGUUUCUCAUGCACCGAUGGUUCUAUCAGUGGUUUCUAUUACGAUCCGAAUAGCAGCCCAUUUCAGAAGCUUGAGUUGAAAGCCACAAAUGAUGGAAGAUCAGGUUUCUCUUUUUCAUCAUAUGAGCUACAAUAGAUUGUGUGACACAUAGCAUAUCAAAAUCCAUCAUUUGAUCCUUGAGGUGGUUUACAGUUAGUCAAGAACCUGGAAGAUUAUGCAAGAGCUCAUGACUGUCAGUGUUGUAUAACCGUAAGAAAAGUGAAAUUUUGUUGUUACAAUCAAUCAUCUAAAAGUUCUGUGAAUAACUUUGUGAUAUACUAUAAAAACCCCAUUAUGUUACUACUUACCAAUGACUCCGGGGUUGAUUAGAUGACCUACUGUUGUUUCGAGAUUCAACUAUAUUCAAUACGUACAUGUACAUAUCUUGUUAACAGCAGCUUAUUUUUGCCCUUUACACAAAAA